CCUUGCUGAGUCAAAAGACUCUGCUUAGCUCCGACCGGCCCUCAGCCGGAGCGAGUUAACGCUGCCUCUUCUUUUCUCUGUCCUCUCCUCUUCUCCUGUUUUUUGUUUUUUUUUUUCUUUCUUUUUUCUUCAUAUUUACUGCCUUUUCGUCUCCCUAUUCCCUGCGCCGAUCGCGGGAACUCCUCCUAAAGUAAUUACUAGCCAAGCAAAGAGAGGGAUUUUGCUCGAAAUCUAGGGUUCCGCAAUCCCCACGCGGUACUCUGUUCCGCAGGAUCGCCGGCUAAUUGGGUGGCACGGUAGGGGAGACGGUUCUACUAGGGUUUACGGAAGGCGGCGGGUGCGGCGGAGGAUGAUGAGUUGAGAUGGGUUGCGUGCUUGGGAAAGAGGCGGCCCCGCCUCCCUCACGGCGGAGGGAGAAGGAGCAACACCACCAGCAACCCCACCACGACGAACCGCCGGCGGCCACAUCUGGCCGGAAAGCCCAGGCGUCGCUGCCUAAGAUCGAGAAUGAAGUCGACGUCCACGACGCAGAUCGGGCGGAGGAGAAGGAGGAGGAGAGGGAGGUCAAGCCGGAUGGCGGCGGCGGAGGGGCAGAGAAACAUCCGAGGAGGGAGAGGCGGCGGCCGAGGAUGGACCCGCGGCUGAGCAACCCGCCCAAGGGCGUCCUCGGUGAGCAGGUCGCUGCUGGGUGGCCGGCUUGGCUCUCCGCCGUCGCCGGGGAGGCCAUCCGGGGGUGGACCCCCCGCCGGGCUAAUAGCUUCGAGAAGCUGGAUAAGAUUGGGCAAGGGACUUAUAGUAACGUCUACAAAGCUAGGGAUAUGUUGACAGGCAAAAUUGUUGCUUUGAAGAAGGUCCGGUUUGAUAAUUUGGAGCCGGAGAGUGUGAAAUUUAUGGCCAGAGAGAUCAACAUUCUGAGGAGAUUGGAUCAUCCCAAUGUUGUGAAGUUGGACGGAUUGGUUACUUCUAGGAUGUCAUGUAGUUUGUAUCUAGUUUUUGAGUACAUGGAGCAUGAUCUUGCCGGUCUUGCCGCCAGCCCUGAAAUCAAAUUCACAGAGCCUCAGGUGAAGUGCUACAUGCAUCAGCUUCUGUCAGGACUGGAGCACUGUCACAAUCGGGAUGUGCUGCACCGUGACAUCAAGGGAUCAAAUCUCUUGCUUGAUAAUUCUGGAAUACUCAAGAUUGCGGAUUUUGGGCUGGCUUCAUUCUUUGAUCCAAACCAUAAGCAGCCCAUGACGAGCCGGGUGGUCACACUUUGGUAUCGGCCACCUGAGCUUCUCCUGGGGGCUACUGAUUAUGGCGUGGGGGUGGAUCUCUGGAGUGCAGGCUGCAUUCUAGCAGAGCUGUUGGCUGGGAAGCCUAUUAUGCCUGGGCGGACCGAGGUGGAGCAACUGCAUAAGAUUUUUAAACUGUGUGGUUCCCCUUCAGAAGAAUACUGGAAAAAAUCAAAGUUACCACAUGCUACAAUAUUUAAGCCCCAACAACCAUACAAACGGCGCAUAGCAGAGACAUUUAAAGAUUUUCCUCCAUCAUCAUUGCCUUUAAUUGAAGCUCUUCUUGCAAUUGACCCAGCUGAGCGUCAAACUGCUUCUGCUGCAUUAAGGAGUGAAUUCUUCACAACUAAACCAUAUGCAUGUGAACCAUCAAGUCUGCCAAAAUAUCCUCCAAGCAAAGAGAUUGAUGCUAAACGAAGGGAUGAAGAAGCUAGAAGGUUGAGAGCUGCUGGUGGAAGAGCCAAUGGUGAUGGAAUAAAGAAGACAAGGACGCGUGAUCGAGUUGCUAGGGCAGUUCCAGCUCCUGAGGCGAAUGCUGAACUGCAAGCAAACCUUGACAGAAGGAGGCUAAUCACACAUGCAAAUGCAAAGAGCAAGAGUGAAAAAUUUCCUCCACCGCAUCAGGAUGGCGCGCUGGGCUUUCCCUUGGGUUCUUCGCAUCACAUGGAUCCUGUCUUUGAUCCUACAGAAACUUCAUUUAGCACUGUGUUUCCCUACCAGAAAGCUUCUGUCUCGACUUGGUCUGGUCCAUUGGUGGAGCCUGCUCCAGUUGGCCAUUCGAAACGAAAGAAACAGUCUCGCCCGUCAAAACCUUGGCAGAAAAGAUAGUUCUCAAAUUCAAUGAAAAAAAAUUGUGAGAGCCACAAAUUUCAUUGAAAUUUGAAAGAUUUUAUUUUAUAAUAUUCCCUUGUUAUAUUAGGAUAUUACACGAUAGCCCUUUGAUGGCCGGGAAGCCUAUUUAGUGUAUGAAGAGGGAAAAUAUCUUGUUCAUUAUUUUCUAUGGUUAUUGUUCCAUCUUUCCUGUUCAAUAUUUUUUGGACCUGGAUGUAUAGGCUGGAGAGAAACAAUUGAUUACCGUGUAUAUUUUCCCCAUAUUGAAAAAGGGAAUCCUGGUUAGGACUAUGUCAAAUAUUUCUUAUGGAAUCCUUUCAUUUA